AUGAUACAAGAAAACAUUCUCGACUGCACAAUGGACGAAGAAGAGAGACCGAGAAAAGUCGCAAAGCUGGAGCAUAGUGAGGCAUCGAUUGAAACCGAGCUUGGCCCAGCAAUGACUGGUGCUGUGCCCAUUGUCGACGAGCCGUCGCAAGCUACAAGCAGCAAUGCGCAACCUGAGCAAUCCCAAUUGACUCUCAGCAAUGAGACCUCUGGCCUGCCGAUACAAUCAUCGGAGGGAACGGCGCAAGAGAAUGACCAAGAUUCGGCCCCCAAACUCUCCAAAAACCAGCUCAGGAAACUCCGUAAGAGGGAGCUAUGGGAGGCUGGACGCGAGCAGCGCAAGGAAAAGCGCAAAGAGCAAAUGGCGCGGAAAAAGGAGCGUCGUCAGCGCAUGGUUGACGAAGCGCGUGAGGCUGGUGGCGAGGAAGCCGUUCAGGCACUGCGCAAGCAGUGGGAGACCACUCGUUCCAAGUCCAAACGAUCUACUCUCCUACCUCUAUCAAUCGUGAUUGACUGUGGCUAUGAUGAUUUGAUGAACCCCCAUGAGCGCAUUUCUCUCGCCGGCCAGCUCACACGGUCCUAUUCAGAGAACAGCCGCGCCAUGUGGCGCUCGCAUCUCAUGUUCAGCUCAUUCAAUAAACAACUAAAGGAACGCUUCGACAACGUGCUCUCGCCUUAUCGCAAUUGGAAAGGAAUCCGGAUUAUUCAGGAAGACUUUGUGCAUGCUGCGGAGAUAGCCAAGGAGCAAAUGACCUCUCCGAAAGGGGGAAAACUGGUCGGACCAUUUGCCGACGAGGCUGAUGCCAAACCCGAGGACGGUGAAGUGAUCUAUCUGAGCAGCGAUAGUGACAACGUCUUGACCGAACUCAAACCCUACUGUACCUAUAUCAUUGGAGGGCUUGUGGAUAAAAACCGACACAAGGCUGUCUGUUACAAAUCUGCGGUCUCCAAGGGGCUCAAAACCGCAAAGUUGCCGAUUGGUGACUACAUUCAAAUGACCUCGCGCCAGGUACUGACCACAAACCAUGUGGUUGACAUUAUGUUGAAGUGGCUCGAACUAGGCGACUGGGGGGAGGCUUUUAUGCAAGUUCUGCCGCCCAGAAAAGGUGGAAAAUUGAAGGGUCAGCAAGGCAGCGACGGAGCUGUGGACGAAGCCUCAGAUGAUGAGCCAGAGGCGGAGCAGACCUUGGAGGAGAUCGCGAACCAGAUGGAAGCUGAUGCGGAGAUAGACGAUGAGAAUGGCCAUAACAGCGGCCCCGACCUUUGA